AUGAGUACGCCGCAAAGUGCUUCCUGCACUGUGGCUUUUGCUACUCUUCAAACUAACCACCACUUUAUCUCUCCUUACCUUUUCGUCGCCACCGACGCAAUCCUGGGGUCCUUCACAUCGCGCCACACCGCUGACACCAUUACAGUUCGGCGUCGGAGCAAAAAAAAAAUUGGGGAGAGCAAAUUUGAUUUUUUUUUUUCUGUAAACCGAUGGGUUUUCUGAAACAAGUGAUACAAGCAAAAAAAAAAUCAGCGGAUCAACUGAAAAAUGGACAGAAUAUAAACUUGAGUUUCAAAAGCUUAAAAAACGACGGAUUUUUUGAGCAGGCUGCUUCAUCUCAAAAAUUUCAUUCGACACCAAAAAAAUUAAAUAUGUUUUUGAAUAAUAACCAGUUCACGAUUGAAACGUAUUUUUGCGAGGUUUCAGAAAAUGCGUGGUUCAAAAAGUAAAUAUGAGUUUUGAACUUUUUAUAAUCUGACACAAAAAAAUCAAAUACUUAACAUUAUUUUUUUGCGAAGAAAAACACUUUAAAAAAAUAUAUAUUAUUUUCUUCAAAUAAGAAGAAGACGAAGAAGAUUUGUAAAAAUAAAAAUCAAGAAAGAAGUUAAAGAGUCUGUUCGAAUAUUACAACAGUUUUGAACAAAGUUAUGAAAAAAAUCUGCUCGAAAAAUGAAGUAAGAACUUUUUCCACGGCAUAUGAAGAUGUAAGAAAGCAUCUGAAACUUCAGACAUUCAGGAUCGAAUUCUAGCUUUCAUGAACUCAACCUCGGAUUUCUAGAUUUUUUUUUCCAUUCCUCGUUUUCGUAUUUUGUAUCUAGAGCCUCUGAAUGCUAUUUCUGAUGUCAAAAUCAAGAAGGAAAAUCAGUUUUUUCUUAGCUUGAAUUUCUGAAAACUCGUAGUGCGAUUUUUUGUGAUGCUACUUACCCAAGAUUUGAAAUAAUUCUUCUUUAUCGAGGAAAGUGAUGAUUUAAAAGAGCAAUCGGGAUGAGAAUGAGAUUUUUUAUGUUUAACUCCUGAAAUAAACGAUUCAAUUAUCGAAAUCAUUGCCAAGCUGAAAUGAAAAAUUGUCAAAGAAAAAAAUUUUAUCAGUAGAAUUCCAAUAAAAACGACGACCAAAGAGCAUAAAACAUGGUUCUUCUUGGUACGGGAGCCAGGACAUAAGGAACGCCGACACGCGUCCUCGGCCUCGAUAAACUCCCUCUGAUAAGAAACGCGAUGUUUAGCACUAAGCGUCUUUUCUACCAGUAUGAAGGAAGAAAAUACGCCACUGCUCGAAUCCGCGUGAGUUUUAAAGAAGAACACAUUAAACCUGUUCAUGAAUUUUUUCCUUCCCUUGUUGGAGAAACUUUCUCGUGAUUUCAUUUUCAUUUUCAUUAGUCGCCGUUUUUUUUUUCUGGCUUUUCAUUAAGGAUCAGUUUACCAAUUAGAAUGGUUCAUCUUAUCAACUAAGAAGGCAACCAUCGAUUAGUUUACUGAGUUUGUUUGUUGGAUUCCAUCGUCUCCCUCCUUUAUUCUUUUUUUCAAAAGUCAAUCACACACCUUGAGUUGAAAAAAAAAACAAUGUGAUGCAUUUUUUUGAAGACCCAGAUCUAAUGGGAAAAGAUUUUAUUCGGACGACAACUUCCACUGCCAUGAUGAAGCUGCAAGCGCCGCUGACGACAGCAAUAGUCGAGGUUCCUUUUCAUAAAUCAUUUUCUAGUGUCAUAAAUGUUUGGAAUAUGUAAGCAAUUUUUUUCCAGAAACUCUAAACUUAAAAAGUUAUCAAUUUUUUUAAGUUGUAUUGACGGAGAAUCAAAACAUGACAAAGUUUGUUAAUAUUAUGCUUAUUUAAAAAAAUCUCAUUUGUCUCAAAUAAAUAGUGAGUAACUAGUAGAUAGUAAAAUGUGUUUUUUUUUCGAAGUAUCUCUGAUCUCCCUAGUUGAUAACUCAAAAUCAAUAACCCUAAUGAGGAAAAAAACAUUUCAGCAACCCGUAUCCUAUGGCUGACCGUGGCCCUUUGCUUAUUUUUCAUGGUGUGCGAAGUGAUCGGCGGAUUGUGGGCUGGUUCCUUGGCUAUCGUAACAGACGCGGCUCAUUUGGUAAGAUCCGUUCAACUUCGAAAUUUCAUAUGCAUCUUGGUUGAGCUCACCGACUUCGCUUCAGUUCUCAUAUCUCUCUUCUCGCUGUACAUCGCUCGGAGGCCGCCAUCGCAAACAAUGAGUUUUGGGUUCCACAGAGCAGGUGGCAAUAAGUAUUAUACCGAUCCAAUAAUAAUUAUUUUCAGAAGUUCUUGGAGCUUUUUUCUCCGUCUUUCUUAUCUGGAUCGUGACGGGUGUUUUGGUUGUUUUGGCAAUCAUGAGAAUUGUUAAUAAAGAUUAUGAGGUCGAUGGCGGAAUUAUGGCCAUAACUGCUGGCCUAGGUGUUCUUGUUAAUCUUGCGUAAGUGUUCUGUCUGAAGACUUUUAUUUUUUUGUAAAAUUUUAAAGAUUUCUUUUAAGCUAGUGAUUUCUGCUAUGCUUAGCACAUUUUUUUACAGUUUCUCGAUUCAAAAAAAUAUCGAUAGGAAAAAAAUUGUAAGAAGUUUGCUAAAAAGGUCUCGAAUUUUUUUACUGUAAUUCUAAAAUGAGUUUCUCUGAAAAAAACUGAAAAAAAUGGAAUAACUCUAAAAAAACAGAAUAAAUUAUCUGUCUCUCGGUUCGGUUGAACUUUUUUUAUGAGUGUUUUAUACAUUUUAUAUACUUCCAGAAUGUUGACUCUUCUUUAUUUCGGUGGUCACACUCAUUCACACUCCCAUGGUGGUUCGAGUCAUGCCCAUUCGCAUUCAGGUUCUAUCAUUAUUCUUCUAAUUUCACAUUUUUUAAAUUUCGUCAUCAAAAUUCUCAAAAUAAUCUCCCAGGCGGUGACGGGAAGAAAAACGCAAAUAUCAAUGUGCGCGCCGCUUUCAUCCAUGUCAUCGGAGAUCUGCUUCAAAGCUUUGGAGUUCUUCUUGCUGCUCUGCUCAUUUAUUUCAAGGUUCUCAUAAUUUUAAUGAAAAAAAUAAUUUUUUUCAGCCGGAGUGGGUCAUUAUCGAUCCAAUCUGUACACUGCUGUUUUCUAUAAUUGUACUCUUCACGACUAUUUAUAUUAUGAGAGAUGCAAUAAUUGUACUUCUUGAAGGUUUGAUUGGAGUUUAAUAGAUGUUUGAACUUUUUGCAGGAAAAUGUAUGUAGAGAAGAUUUUUGUUAAGUUCUCAUCAAUUAUCUUUAUUACUUUUCCAUCAGGACGCCCUAGCAACAUUGACUUCUCACAAGUUUUUACAUCUCUGGGAAACAUCAAUGGCGUCAUCAAAGUACACGAUCUAAGGAUUUGGGCACUUACUAUGGAGAAGGUUCACGACUUUCGAUAAUUCAUCCAAGUUUUUAUUACAGGUCGCUGUUUCGGUACACUUGGAAAUCGGAGAAAACGCGGCUCCGCAAGAAGUUUUGCGGUCAACAAGAGCAAUGCUUAAGGAAACUUACGGCGUUCAUGAAAUAACCAUCCAAAUUGAAGAAUUUAUGGCUGAUCGACAAGAUUGUUUCAAAUGUGAUGUCCCACCCAAAUAA